AUGUCGGUUGAUAGCAGUCGUCCGGGAGUUGGCGAUGUCAUCUUCACCGCCUUCAAACCUAUCGCCAAAAUGGCGGCCAUCACGUUGGGCGGCGCCGUGUUGUCAGAAGCCACGCGGGCUAACGCUGGAAUCCUAAUCAACCUCCUCCUACCGAUGCUCAUUUUCUCGGCCGUCACCACGUCCUUCGAUGCCUCGAAUAUCAAAUCCGUCGUUGCCCUGGUGGUGACCGGUGUGCUGUACAUGUUUAUGGGAUUGGCUUUUGGGUUCCUUGUGCGAUGGCUCACGCCAGUGCCGAAGACGUGGAAGUGGGGGGUGUUGAUUACUGGUGCUUGCAGUAAUGUUGGUGAUCUGCCGAUUGCGUUCGUGUUGACCAUCGCGAAGAGUGCGCCGUUCAGUGGCGAGCAGGAUAGCACGAGGGGAAUUGCCUAUGCGUCGAUAUUUAUGGUGGUGCAGACAUUAGCGAUGUUCAGCCUAGGAGGUGCGCAAUUGCUCAAGCGGGACUUCCGCCCCGUCGAGGAAUCGCCCGAUCCCGAAAAGGCCGCGGCCACGUCGUCGAAGCUCAAGUCGACCGUUACGGCGAUCGCCAACCGAACGCGGAAAACUGUCGGGCUUGUGUCGCGACGUGCUGGCGGGCGACGACAGCCACCAGCAUCGCCGGCGGUCAUGCUCACUUGUGCGGCGGGCGGUACGGCAAGAACGGGAACUAGCCAUUCGUCAGAGGAGGGUUACAAGACCUCCGCCAAUAACACUCCCAACGACGGGAACUCCAUCGUCGAGGCGGACCGCGACCGCGAUGUCAUUUCCCCGGCUUCAAUAUCCGCGCAUUCGAUCGGCUCACGCACCGGCCCCGCAGCCAAGGAAACCUCCGCAAUAGCCCGGCCCAACUGCAUCAAGCGGGUAUGGAGCGGAUAUAUCGUGCCGGUAUUUGCGCCGCCGUCACUUUCGUUGAUAGUCGGCCUGAUCGUGGCGAACAUCCCGCCACUAAAGGCGCUGUUCGUAAAGACGGACAAGUUUGAUAUGCCCUCGGCGCCGGACGAUAAGCCGCCGCUGGACUUUAUCAUGGAGAUUUGCACGUUUGGUGGGUCUGCCGUGCCCGUAAUCGGAAUGCUCCUCUUGGGUGCAAAUCUGUCACGCAUGUCGAUUAAGAACCUCCCCAGGGGUUUUUGGAAAUCAACCGUUAUGAUGUCGGUUUUGAAGUUGGUCGUUAGUCCGAUUGUCGGGAUGUUGUGGACAAAGAUGGUCAUGAACCGAACGGGCCUGAUUGAUCCCGAGGAGAAGAUGCUGCAGUUCAUCCUGAUCCUCUGUGCCGGAGUACCGACUGCCACCCUCCAGGUGUAUCUCACCAACAUCUACGCCACAGAAGGAAGCGUUGAAACAUCUGCGUUGUCUGCAAUGUUGCUGGCGCAAUACAGUACCAUGCUUUUAACACUAACGAUCCUCGUAUCUUACACCCUCAGCAACGCCCUCUAG